AUGAAUGUGUCACCACAUGACGUCGUCAUGUUUGCCCGUUUAAGGAGAUUAUAUCCGACGUUUACCGUCGCUUCUGCGGUCUUCGGGUGCGCUGCUAUAGUCAUGCUGCUCGACAAGUCGCCCGCUGUUCCGUCAGUUUUACAUAGUUUAUCGACGUGCUUGAUCGUCAGCUCAGCAAUCACCGCAGCAUUCACCGCAACGACUACAAUUAUGCUUUCACUCACGUUUGAAGAGAGCCACAAGCCCACUCGGGUGUGCCUAGCAGUAGCGUGGACACCGAUCAUCUUUUUUGACUGUACAAUAUUACAGCUUGUACUGGGCCUCGCGCUUUGGUUUGUAGCCGGACAUUCUUGGCAGUAUGCCAUUGUUAUCGGCCUCUUAUCUGGAUUCUCAUUCUCGGCAACAUUGGUUAUAGCAGCUUUGACACGGAAAACUGUUACAGGGGACUCUUGUGAAAGCUCAGUUGACGAGAGAGGACCCGAAAAGUUAGCGGGCACUUGA